AUGAGCCGGAUAGGUGACACCUUGUCUUGUACCUCAAGGCGCUCUACUCGACCAAUUAGGUCAACCUCUGAAGUUCAAAUGGCUUCUAAAAAUAAGAAAGUUAAUUCAACUGAAAAACGACGUCAGUUGGCCACUCUUGAGCAAAGUGUUUGUAGUAAUGAAGAUAAACAUCUAUCCGCUCCCAAUAACCAUCCAAAAAGAUGUAGUAAACGAAUUAGUUCAAGAAUAGCAGCAAAGAAGUCAAGUCUUGAAGGAACAUUGCAGUUAAAGAAAGAAAGGGAAGUAUUCGGAGACGUUAAAAACUUAUUGACAGAUGACCCCUUUCAAGAUGAGAGUAAUGACAGUGAUUCAAGUGACUUUGUAUCCCAGUGUUCAAGCGUCGAGAGACCUAAGUGCAAUAAAAGAGGUAACCUGCGCUUGUUUUCAGAAUUCAAACCUAAGAUGACUAAAAAAAUAAAUAAAUCAUCAAAAAACGUCAAUGUAGUUGAAAAUUUCCAAGGUGUUAUUGAUAAUGAUUCUGACGACGAAACAGAAUGGGUUGAAGUAAAGGACGAACUACCUAAUGAGGUAGAUUUUAUGCAUAACCUUUUGAAUUCUAAUGUAAAUACUAUACCUAGCAAAAUUGAAGAAAUAAAAUCUGCAGCGCUAACUGUUGCUAUUCCUCAUAAUGAUCUCACUAAAAAGCAUUCUAAACAAGAUCCAAAACUUCUUCAGUUACUUGCAUUAAGACGUAAAUUAAAAGAACAUUGCGCGUUGAUGCACUCAGUGCAUGUGUUAUGUUUUCUUGCCCAUAGUCGUGUAAUAAAUCAAACUUGUGAUAGUGACUUAUGCUGGGCGUUGGGCAUUUCACUUUUGGCUAAUACAAAUGCAGUGUACAAUCAAAAAACAAAACAAUUUAUUCAACCAUCACAGUGGUCAGUUGAACAUGUAGAAGCAUGUCUUGUUUCGUUGUUGUCUUAUCAACGAAUGCAGUUGUGUACUGAAAAUAAUUUAUGUGGUGAUUAUCAAUAUCAGCUUGUUCGUCGUCUAUCAGAGUCUAAAUCUACUGAAGGUGAUUGUCUCAUACUACUUGUUGCAGCUCUCCGGUCGCUUGGAUUUGAUGUACGGAUAAUCCUUGGUCUCAAUCCAAUACCUUUGCGACCUAGCAAAACGGUGACUAAUAAUUUUGCUAUUACAACCAAAGAAAAUAAAAUUUCUGAUAGAGGAAAACAUAAUCGAAAAAUCAUUUCUUCAGACGAAGAAAAUAUAUUUGAUGCGAAUUUAGAUCGCUAUCAUGAUAGUAAUACAAAAUCCAGUAUUACUCUAUUUGCUGAAGUAUUUCUACCGAAGGUGAAUCGUUGGGUGUGUAUUGAUCCAUCAUCACCUACAGGCGUUGUGGAUAAAGUGACUUUUAAGGAUGGCUUUUUAUAUGUCGUCGGUGCUUGUUCUAUACGGUCGGCGAGUCCUGAGCUAGUAUCUUAUGUUGGUAGAAAUCCAGUUGAUCUGUCUCCUCGUUAUGUUCAAGAUUGGUGCGUUUCUGCUCGUACUCACCGCGUUCCUGCUGAAAAGUGGGAUAGUUUUCUUGAAACACAAAGCAAAUUUUUUGAUAAAGAUGCUGUUGAAUAUAAUACUUUAGUUUCUAAAUUGGCUACUCUUCCAACUUUUCAACGAGAUAGAAAAGAUAAAGAUUCUAUUCAAGAAAAACUUUUAUCGGAACCUCUACCUAAACGUAUGCAAGACUUUAAAAACCAUCCGUUGUACAUUCUCAGACGCCAUUUACUCAAAUUCCAGGUUAUUUAUCCACCUGAUUCAAUCCCCUUGGGGUAUUUUCGUAAUGAACCAGUUUAUUCUCGUGAUUGUCUCCAUCUCUGUCAUACCAGAGAAUCUUGGUUGAAAGAAGCAAUGACUGUUCGUCUUCAUGAAAAACCGGCAAAAGUUGUUAAAGCUCGUUUAUCAAUGAAACGUAAAUUAUUACAAGGUUCCGAUUCUACAUCUCCAACUGUUGAAGUAUUCGGUCCAUGGCAAGUGGAACCGUAUGUACCACCCAAAGCUGAAAAUGGUAUUGUUCCACGUAAUGCGCAUGGAAAUGUUGAUUUGUUUAAGCCAUGUAUGCUUCCCAUCGGUUGUGCACACUUAUGUCUUUCUGGUAUUCAAUACAUUGCUAGAAAACUUGGAAUUGAUUGUGCAGAAGCUGUUGUUGGCUGGACAUUUCAUGGUAGCGGUUGGGCUCAUCCAAAUAUAAAAGGUUACGUUGUUUGUAAAGAGUCUGUGCCAGUACUUAUCGAUGCAUGGCGUACAGAACAAAUGAAUGUAGCAAAGUUAGAACAUGAAGAACGGGUAGAACGUGCGCUGAAAAACUGGAAACGACUAGUUCGUGGACUUUUUAUAUGGCAUCGAGUUAAAGCGCAAUUUGCUUUAGCUCCAUUACAUAAUAAACAAACUACUGUUGCAAAAUAUAACAAAACCGAAAAGGUAAAACACAAAGAAAUGACUUAUAAAAAGGUUAUUCCAUCGUAUAUUAAGGAAAAAGAGGAAGUUCUUGAAUCUCCAAUCUCUCUAGAUAUCCCAGUCAAAAAUGCUGAAACUGAAAAAGGAUGGAUACGUUUAGGUACAACUGAUAAGGCGCAGUUAUUACCUAAAAUAUAUUCAAUAAUAAAUUCAUGCACUCCUAAACGUUUUAACCCACCUAGAAGAAAACGUAAAGCGAUUAAGAUGAUUCAGCAGAUGAAUUUGUCGAAAAAUUUGAUUCUAAAAGAUAGCUUUUUCAGGAAUAUGAACUGUGAUUGGAUGAUCAAUAAUUUCACGGUAGAUGUUCAACUGAUAGUGUUAUAG